AUGAAGCAAAAACAGAAAAGGAAACAUCUGGAAAGGACAUUCUGCCCUGAAGGUGCAAAGAAGUCAAGAGAAUGCCGGAAGCUUCAAAAGGGUGUCCCCCAGACUCGUGCCGCGGUCCAGGCAUGGAGUCCAGCACCUGGAGAUGACUUCUCUACCUCUGAAUAUUUCUCCUGUGUCUCCUCUCCAAGCAAGCUUGCCCUUGCCCAUAAGGAGGCCAUUCUCAAGUUCACCGCUGCGCUCAUUAUUCCCAUUCACAAUCCACAUUCCCUCACAGAGAGCCUGUUUCAUCUGCCUUAUGCUAACACAAACUCCAGGAAACUCAUGAAUGUGGAGGACCUAGAAACAUGCUCCCCAAUUCUGCGCAAUGACUUUCCUGGGGAUAACAGGCCUUCUACGUCUUCAGCUCUCAUGAGAAACGAAAGAAUCAUGAAGGUUUACUACAUGCAUGUCCAGCUGAAAAGGGGAGUGGCUGUUUUAGAGGAUACAAAAGGCGGACUGGAACCCCCCAAAAAGAAAAUGAGAAUUGAGUCCAUUGCAUUCCCUGAGAAGAUCCGAGCAGAAGUCAACCACUCCGAUGUGCUUACCCACGAGCUCCUACACGACAGUGAGUUCAACUCGGAUGACGAAGGCCAGGAGAAGCUGGGAGAGGCCGAGAGCCUCGCCCAGCCCGCGACUGCAGAGGAGAGGUCCAGGGCGAGGACCCCCGAGUGGCUGGUGGCCAUGAACAGUGGCUAUCGGUGCAUGGCCUGCUGCCGGGUCUUCCCCAGCCUGGCGGUCCUGCAGGAGCAUGUGGAGAAUGGGGUUAACGAGGGCUUCAGCUGCCACGUUUUCCACCAAGUCUUCGGCUGGCUGAAGAGCAAACGGAAGAAAGGGAGGGACAAGAUGAAGAAGAACUAA